GACUUCCUCUGACAGAGACUGGUUGGAGCAGUGUUUGUGGGGUGGCUAGUCCCUGCAGGUAAAGUCCUGUUGUCUCCAGUGUAAUAGUGGGUAGUCCAGGGUUCACAUGACUCCUUGUAUAUCUGUGUAGGAAAUUAAGUGUGCCUGAUAGUGUCCUAAGAAACCUGCUUCAGACAUCUAUGUGGUUUUGCUGGCAGAUCUGAUGAAAAAAAUGGAAGCUAUUGUGCGAUUUGAGAAAGAGAAUGCCCUCAGCCUUUCUUCCAAGACUAAUCAAGGACUGUUUGCACAGACUAAACGGUCAUUAAAAGUGCAUAAUGGAAAAAACCUCACUGUGCCCAAACCUCAAGCACUUAGGAAGGUUCUGGGGAACCUUAACAAACAAGUGGAACCCAAGAAAUCUGCAGCAGCAAAGGCCAAAAAGAUCAACUUGCCGAAGCAAAGAAGUGAGGAGUAUCCUGCCAUUGAAACCUUUAUCCCAUAUAACCCUUUAGAUUAUGAAAGUUUUGAGGUCCCUGAAGAACACAAACUCGGUGAUGUCUGUCUUGCUGGUAUUUCACUUUUCAUUGCAAGGGAUGAUGCAAUUAGAUUUGAUGCACUUACCAGUCCUGGUCUUUACCCGAUGGAAAAUCGAGAAAUAAAUUAUGAUUGCUUUGAGAUGUCCAUCCCUCUAUAUGAAGACAUCAAUGUUGGCUUUCCUCUUCUGUGUGACUUUUAAUUAUUAAUCUGUAUAUGUUUGUCCUAUUUAAAUAAAAUCUUAACCUACCUGGGCUUUUAAUCAGCAGUUGCUGUGGAUUUAUUAAACUUUACCUAUACUGUUUACUGUUGUGA